AGGCCCUGCCCGUUCAAUGUCGUUCUCGAUAUGUCGUUCUCGCAAAACAUUUAAAAAGAUUGACAAUUUCCCCUUGGUCCCUCUCUUCAUCCUUUGCACGUAAAUUCACACCAGUACAAUAAUCUUCCCUUCUACGCUGAUCAUCCCAUCCAACAUGCAAAUCACCAGUUUCCUUGCAUUGGCCAUCUCUCUGGCUGCUCUAGGAGUCGUAAAAGCGGUUCCAGCUCCCCAAGGCGACAACAUCAUUUCACAAAUUGCCUCGGCGAUUGCCACCCUCGAAGCUGGAUUCACGGCCACCACCACCACCGUUGCAGCAACGACCGUCGCAACGACUCUGGCCGAUGUUGGCACGAAAACUGUUUCUCCAGCAACCAUCGCACCCGUCCUUCCUUCUCCAAGUGGUGCCCCCGUUCUCCCUCCCAUCUGCCGUCGAGCCGGAUGCAACGGUGAACUAUGCGUUACCAACUCUCGUGAUGCCGUCUUGACGCCCUGCGUUUGGCGGCCGGAAUUUGCAUGCUAUGCCACCGCACAGUGCGGUUACAAUGCGACGAGGAGGGCAUGCGCGUGGAGGCAAACCAAGUCCCUCAAGGAAUGUCUGUCAAAUGGUACUACGGCUACACUGUGAGCUUCCCGACUAGGAUCGUGAAUAAUGUACAGCUAUAUGUAAAAUGUCAGUGUUCAUAAUAAUAUAUGAGUUAACAG